AUUGGUGUGAUCAUUUGCCGUGAUGAGCGUGACGAACGCAACUGUCAAAAGUUGUUAUAUACUUAGGUUAGAUAAGGCCCUGUCAAAUAUUUUUCUGCCGGACAACGAGCCGAUUUUCGUAGGUCGUUCGCCGGAAACUGGCAUCACAGACACAAAAUGUUCGCGGCAACAAGUGCGUUUGUGCGCAAACUAUACGGAGGCUAUCGUCACAGUUCAGCAAGUGGGUACGCACUCCUGUGGUUUUAACGGCUUCAAAACUCAGAAGGAUGUGAGGUUUGUAGCAAGACACAGCGAUCGUUUGGAGCUGCUGUAUGGCAAAUACACGUAUGAGUUUGAAUUCAACCCACCGCCACCUGCAAGGAGUUUCAUGCCGAGAAAGAGAUUUUAUGAGAUGGAGACAGAUGAAACUGAAGACAGAGCUAAAAUGUUGAAGCUGGAAAAGUGUUCGAACGAAGAGCUGGAGUGCAGAAAAGAGGAAGAAAGAUCGUCUUCAAACGAUGUUCAUUCUGAUCAGAAGACAUUGCAUGCUGCAUAUAGCGCAUCUUCUGAGGAAAAUAAUAGCAAUUCAAGUGUAUCUGCCAAAUGGGAGAGUAUUGACAGUGGGAAAUUAAUGAUUUAUACAGCAUCCUCUGUUCAAAAUCGAUCGAAAGUGGCAGCUUACGACAUGGAUGGAACUUUAAUUAAAACUAAGUCUGGCCUGGUGUUUCCAAAAUCCUGCAACGAUUGGCAACUAUUGUAUCCCGAUGUGCCCGGUAAACUGAAGCAGUUGCACACAAAUGGAUACAAGAUAGUAAUCUUCACAAACCAAGCGGGCCUUGCUUCGGGCAAAGUCAAGAUCAACGAUUUUAAGCUUAAGAUCGAGAACAUCGUACAGAAGAUCGGCAUCCCUAUUCAAGUUUUCAUCGCUGUAGGAAGAAGCAUCUACAGAAAACCGGCCCUCGGUAUGUGGGAAGCAUUAGAGAAAGAGAAAAACGGAGGUAUAGCGAUCGACAAAGCGAAUUCAUUUUACGUCGGCGAUGCGGCCGGCCGACCAAAAACCUGGGCCGUUGGCAAGAAGAAGGACCACUCCACCGUGGAUCGAUUAAUGGCGCUAAACUUGGAUAUCAAAUUCGAGACACCCGAAGAACACUUUCUGAAGCACAAAGCUGCCCUUUAUGUAUUACCUCAGUUUAACCCCAAAAACUUGCCAAAAGAUAUUACCGUGUGCAAACCUGCAGACGCAAAUCUGACGCCAAAGCAACAAGAGGUAAUUCUUAUGGUUGGCAGUCCAGGCUCUGGAAAAUCAUACUUCGCAAAGCACUAUUUGAAGGAAUAUGAAUACGUGAAUAGAGACGCUCUGCGUAGCUGGCAGAAGUGUGCCGCUAUGGUCGAACAGUAUUUAAAUCAGGAAAAGAGCGUGGUUAUAGAUAAUACUAAUCCCGAUCCAGCCUCAAGACAGAGGUACACGGAAGUAGCCAAGAAGUAUAAAGUUCCAGUACGAUGUUUCGUCAUGACGACGAGCAUGCAGCAUGCUAAGCACAAUAAUAAGUUUCGAGAAUUGACUGAUCCAAGCCACGUUCCAGUUAACGAGAUUAUUAUAAAUUCCUACGCGAAAAAUUACGUGCCCCCAUCACUGGAGGAGGGAUACAAGGAAAUAGUGGAAGUCAAUUUCGUUCCGAAGUUCUCGGACGAGCAGGACCAAAGACUCUACGAAAUGUACUUACUUGAGAGUUAGGCCGAACGGCAUAAAUUACCCGAGGAAAUAAUUAGCGGUCGAUAUGGAAUUGGCUCGCGUCCGCGAAUGUCCCCGUGCAAAGCUGCUAUUUUUAACGCGAUAAGACCAGCAAUAAAAAUAUCUAUGUUUAACCGA